AUGGUGAAGAUCGUUGUCCCAAGUCAUUACAGCCGGUACAUUGUUACUGCCAGUGACCUGGAAAGUUACCUGCAGAACCAGUUUGGUGAAGGCAAUGAUUUUCACAUUGAGGUGCUCCUUAACCUCCAUACCAACGACCUGUGGCAUUUCGAAAGCCCGAGGGAACUCUCAAAUAAACAACUCAUGUAUGGGUCUUGUAUCACAUCAUAG